AUGAUUGAUAUCAAAUUUAUAAAGAACGUUUAUCCAGGUGAAGACGUAAAAGAAAUAUUAGAAAACGAACUUAUAGAUUAUAAAGAUUUCAACAACACAUACUGUAUAGGAAUUGAUAAUAAUAAAGCAAUAAUUUUGGGACAGUUAAGCAUGAUAGAAGAUAACCGACAUAGACUCUUUUUCAUAAAGAGUAAAACACAACGAUAUGUACCAAGAAUGCAUGAUAUAGUGAUAGGUAAGAUAUUUUAUGUUCACCCGGAUUACUACAAGGUUGAUUUAGGAAGAUAUGUAGGAAUAUUACCAGCACUUUCAUUUCCAAAUGCAACUAAGAGAAAUAAACCAGAAUUAAUAAAGAAUGAUUUGGUUUUAUGUAGAGUAUUAGAAAUCAAUAAUGAAUUAGAUAGAGAAGCUCUAUUAACAUGUACCAGUAUUGGAAUGGGAAAAAUUGAAGAAGCAUUUGAAAUAGAACCAUGGAAGGUGAGAUUGUUAUAUUUUGAUUUAAAAUUAAAAAAGAUACAAUUAAACUUUAGAAUUGCACUAGCAAUGAAUGGACUUGUUUAUAUCGAAGCAAAUGAAGAAGAUAAGAAAGAAAUUUUAGAUAAAAUUAACAAUUUUUAUUGUCUAACGAUAAUUUUAUCAGAAAGUAACUUACUUGGUCCUUUUACUCCCUCUGGAUCAUAUGGUAACAUAAUUUUAACCUGA